CACAUCCCCAGGUCCAUCAGCUGUCUGCCUACUGCAGAGAUGGUGCAAGCAACUCCCUUGCUCCUCGUGCUCUUCCUGGCCCUGGGGGUUCAGGUCCUUGCUGUGAAAGAGUGCUCCCUGACCGGCCGCUGGAUCAAUGACCUGGGUUCCAAAAUGAGCAUCUCGCCGGUGAACAAAAAUGGUGGCUUCACUGGCUACUACCAUACGGCUGUGACAGCCACCUCCAACGAGAUCAAGAAAUCCCCACUGCAGGGAUCCAUGCAGAGGAGCCCUAACCAGGAGGGCCAGCCCACCUUUGGCUUCACCGUCAACUGGAGCUUUUCAGACUCCAUCACUGUUUUCACGGGCCAGUGCUUUGUGGAUGCUAAUGGAAAGGAGGUUUUGAAGACCAUGUGGCUGCUGAGGUCACAUGAGGAGACCAUCAAAAAUGACUGGAAAGCCACCAGGGUGGGCUUCAACGUCUUCACCCGCCCUCAGCCAGCAGAGUGAGGGGGCAGCAGCAGUGCCAGGGCUGUGCCCCUGCUCCUGCAGCACCACCUGCUUCUACCAAUGGAUCUUUGCUGUAAAACACCCACAGUCUCCUGUCAUGCUAUUGCAAAAUGUGCCAUAAAU